AUGGGUGUGAAUCCUGAUGAAAAUAUAUUUAAUCAAGUUGAUGAAGAGCUUGUGAAUAGUCAACUAGAAUCAAAUAAUGUUUGCUCAACCCAAAUAGAUGGUGAAGAUUCAAGACAAGGGGCAAUCAUAAGGAACGAUAUAGCACAAGAGAUGUGUUGGUUCAAAAUGACAAAGAAAUUGAAGACAACUCAUGAAAAUGGUGAAGAAACAAAAAAGGAUAAUGUCAAGUGGUCUCAACAAAUGGAUAUUGUGUUAAUUGAUGCAUUGUUGGAGCAACAAGCAAAUGGAAAUAGAGUGGAUGGAACUUUUACAACAACGGCCUACAAUAAUGUUUUGAAAAUUUGUAGAGAUAAGCUCAAGUAUCCUUUUGAUAAAGAACACUUGAAAAAUCGGAUGAAAACUUUAAAAGCUAAUUUUAAUGCAUGUCAUGAUCUUUUCAAAGGCUUAAGUGGAUUUUCUUGGAAUUCAAAUACCAAGUUGUUUGAAGCAGAGCCAGAAGUAUGGACAAUUCUUAUAGAGUCUAAACCAAGUGCAAAGAAAUGGAGGCAUACAGAAAUUCAUCACUAUGAUAAACUAAGUGAGCUAUUUGCAAAAGAUAGAGCUAAUGGUGUAGGUGCUGUUAGUUCCAAAGAGAAAGUUCAACAAUGGGAAAAGGAAAGUAACUGUAAUCAAUUUGUGAAUGUUGAAAACUUAGAUAAAGUAACAAGUGAUUGUUUUGAAUCAUUAUCUCCACAAUGCAACUCCCAAGUUAAUAACGCUACAAAGGGUGUUAAAAGAAAGGCAUCCAUGAUAGAAUCCCUUGACAAAUAUGCUGAAAAUCUUCAAUCUGGUUUAACAAGUGUUGCUGAUGCACUUAGAAAGGGAAAUAUCAUUGCUGAAAGAGGUCGAUUGCGCAUAUAUUCAGAGGAAGAAGUUUAUGCUGAGUUGCUUAACAUUGAAGUUCCAGAACAUCUACAACUUGAUGCCUUUCUAUUCUUGAUUAAAAGUGCAAUGAAAAUGCGGGCUUUUUUUGCAGUUCCAAAAGAACGUCGUUAUGAAUUACUGCUAAAGUUAAUGUUUCCAAGUGGACAAUCUUCAAGUUAG